UUGAAAGAAAUCUAUCACUUUGCUAAGAAAAUUAAUAAAAUUAUUUAAAAAGUUUUAAUCAAAGAUAUAAAAUGUUAUAUAAAAGGUUUUUACCUUUAAUGACUUCUUGGUUAUCAAAAAAGAAUAAAUACGUUGUGAAUAUAUAUUACUCGACGUUAACUGAUAAGAGCUUAGAGCAUCAGAAAGAGGAUAUAGAUACAACACAAAUGAAAGAAUUGAUUGAAAAAAUAAAACUAUCAAUAGAUCAAAAGAAAAUGAAGAAAAAGGAAGAAAUGGAAUCUGGUAAAAAAUUAUCGCAAAGUAAGAAAACGUUGGACGUUAUUAAUUAUAUAAAAAAAGUUAAUCCGGAUAUAGUUGAUGUAAUUAAACUUAUGACAUGUCUACCACUUAAAAAAACCGAUACAAAUAGAUUAUAUGUGAUUGACAAAAAUACUGCUAUUGAAUAUGUAUCUUUGAUAAAAGAUGAUCUAUUAAAAAAUACAUGUUACAUUGCUGAAUUGAAUCCUGGUUUUGGUAUAUUAACAACAGAAUUGUUGAAGGCUAAUGUACCGUUAAUUCAUUUAUACGAAGGAAAUUUGAUAUUACAUGAGAUGUUGAAAACAUUCUGUAUGAAAUAUCCUGGCAAACUAAAUUUAACCUCAGUUGAAAAUACAAAUCUCUUUGGUAUGGCAAGAGCAUAUUAUGAUCACAUUUCUACUGAAAAAUUUCAAAAGGUUUUUGAAAACAUAAAAAGCAAAAAUUGGGAAGAUGAAACUUACAUGCAAAUAAUAUGUGCAACAGACAAUCGAAACUUAUUUGUAUUUAUUGUAUAUAAUUUAAUCUUUCGCAAGGGUUUCAUGCUUCAUGGAAGACCUGUCUUUUAUAUUGCAAUACUUCCAUCAGUAUGGCACAAAUAUAAUUGUACCAUCAGCAAUCAUAGAACAUAUACUUAUUCAAAAGUGAUGUUCAAAUUAAUGUUUAAUUGCGAACUUCUGGGAUCAUUAAACAGAAAAGCUUUCAUACCUUGGCCAACAAGAAAAUACAACACUACAGGUACAAGUCGUUUAAUAAAGAAACAAGAUUACGAGCACAUUUAUGUGAUAAAACUAGAACCCAAAGCUGACAUUUAUUCACAAUUAUCGCAAAAAGAUUGGAUAAUAUUUUCCUAUUUUGUGAAGUAUCACAUGCGGAAACGUUCUACUAGAGUAAUACCUGCAUUGGAAAAAUGGGCACCGGGCUGUGGAAUCAAACUAAUAGCCAAAGAUUAUACAAUAUAUACAGAAUUUGGAGACUUAACACCAACAAAAAUUCUAGAACUUUUUAAAGAAUUUAAGACUUGGCCGGAAUACAAAGAGAACGAUUUCGUAACUUCUAUGAACAAUACUCUAGAUUGCAUAUGCUGGUUAGCCUUGAAAUAUCAUAGUCACCGUUACAUCGGCUCAGUGUAAUUGCGCGAUGCGAGGAAAUC